AUGGCCACAAAACUCCUUGCCGCUUCUCUCCCUCUCCUCGUGAUCUCAAUUGCAAUUUCUCUCCGAUGUGGGACAGCAGCCGACGAGAAAGGCAACACGCUAAUAACCAAAACUUGCGGUGGCACCGCCUUUCCCGAUGUCUGCACCGCAACUUUGGAGUCAGAUCCUCGGAGUUCAACUGCAGAUCUCAAGGGCCUCUCUAGAAUUGCGUUGGAGUUGAGCGCAGCCAAAGCAAAUGAGACUGCAGGAGUGGCCUAUAAGUUGAUGAUAAAUGCAUCAACCUAUGCGACAUGGUCGGUGCGCUCAACUUGCUUCCAUGGUUAUAACAUGAGCAUCAACAAAAUUAAACAGGAGGGUCUCCCAUCUUUUGACAAGGGGAAGUAUGAUAAGGCAUAUCAAACUGUGGGUCUUCUCAAUGAUGAAGCAGUUUAUUGUAGCAGCUUUCGCAUUCCAGAGUUGGCUGAAGGCAAUACAAUGCUUUCCAGGUUUUCCACAGAUGUAAAGACCAUUCUGCAUCUCCUUUUCUAA